CCCGACUCUGCUUAAACUUGGGGUCCACAGAACCCGGAUCUAAAUCGUGUUUUCGUCUGAUAUUUAUGCGAGGUUUUGCAGUAGUCUCAAACGUUUCAAGCUCCCGCUCCUAGACGACGACCCAGUGUGAGAUACCGAUCCAGGGUUUGAAACAGCUUGUGCAUCUGAGGAACUGAAAAGAAGACCCGACUAAGAUGUCAGGGAGGAAAGAAACAGUGUUGGACUUGGCCAAAUUUGUGGACAAAGGUGUCCAAGUCAAGCUCACUGGUGGUAGACAAGUGACAGGUACUCUUAAAGGAUAUGAUCAGUUGUUGAACCUUGUUCUUGAUGAAGCAGUUGAGUUCUUAAGAGAUUCUGAUGAUCCACUAAAGACAACUGACCAAACCAGGCGCCUUGGCCUAAUUGUUUGUAGGGGAACUGCUGUGAUGCUUGUGUCGCCAACAGAUGGUACAGAAGAGAUUGCCAACCCCUUUAGCCAGCCUGAUGGUGUCUAAGAUGGAGUAGCUUGCUUUGCACUGUUUUUAAGAAACCAUGAUAGUGGUGUAUGUGAUAUCCAAGGCUUUAAAUUUGUCAUGCUCAUUUUUAUGAUAUGAGGCGAGUUCUGAUAUUGAAAUUCGUCUUUCUGGGGUUUGGAGUAGCUGACCCUAUCCACAGUUGCGUACUUUGUAAAAUUCACUAGAGUUUGAUACAACCUUAGCCUAAUUGUCUAUUUU